AUGAACCGUAUUUUUAUACCAUAUUUUUUUAUUUUAUAUAUAUUUAAAAUAUACUUAGUUUAUGGAAUAAAUUUUCAAAGGAAUUGUGUAUCAUCAUUCUUAAACUGUAGAUCAAGCAUAUUUAAUAAAAAGAAAUAUGGGAAUCCCUUAUUUUGCUAUAAAAAAAAAAUUAAAGCUAAAGAAUUGAGGAAAUUAACAACUGAACAACUCGAGAAGGAAAUUAUUAAGUGUAGAUUAGAUAUCCAAUUAUUUCAACAACAAGGUUUUUACGAUAUGCAUAAUUAUAACGUAUAUUACGAAAAAAAUGCAAGGCGAAAAUUAGCCCAGUUGUUAACAAUUUAUUAUGAAAGAUAUUUAGAUAACAAUGUUAGAAUAAAAAGCUGA